UUGUCGCCCUUCUUGCAAUGGCUUCUUGGAGACAUUGGGAUCAUUUCUGGAAUUUAUUCGUCACUCUUCUUUGUUUGUGCAAUCUGUCCGUGGCUCAGAUAUCCUAUACUAUAUCCGAGGAGGCGGACAAAGGCACAGCUGUGGGAAAUCUCGCCAAGGAUUUAAAUCUCAGUGCUCAGCAGCUCCAAUCAGCGGGUCUUGAGAUUACAUCCGUGUAUAAAUUACGGUACUUUGACCUAAACGAUGAAACCGGAGUUAUUUUUGUUAACGACAGGAUCGAUCGGGAGGAGAUUUGUCCUAACACGGUAAAGUGCUCCUUAAAUUUAGAGGCUGCAUUGAGCAAUCCCCGAAGUCUCCAUCGAAUAGAGAUUCUUGUCAAUGAUAUAAAUGAUAACGCCCCGAUUUUUCCAGAUGAACAAACAAUAGUGGAUAUGUCUGAGUCUUCAUUUGCCGGCGAAAGGCAUCCACUCCCGAUAGCACACGAUGCAGAUAUAGGCACUUAUUCAGUCAAGACUUACAAAAUAAACCAGAAUGAUUAUUUUUCUCUGGAUGUGCAGAACACCGACGAGCGAGUGUCUGCUGAAUUAGUGCUACAAAAACCAUUAGAUCGUGAAAAACAGGCUGUCAUUGAGCUCACAGUGACUGCCUUUGAUGGAGGAAAACCACCCAAAACGGGGACUUUACAACUACAAGUUAAUGUUCUGGACGUGAAUGACAAUUCACCUUUGUUCAGUAAAUCUCUCUAUAAGGUCCAGGUAGUCGAAAAUGCAGAUAUUGGGACGACUUUAUUAAGACUGGCUGCAACUGAUUUGGAUGAUGGGGUUAAUGGCCAGGUUGUAUAUUCAUUUACAGAGAGAGGACCUAAAAGCCGCGAUGAAAAAUUUACUCUGAAUGAUAUUACUGGAGAAAUUACAAUAAAUGGCAACAUUGAUUACGAGGAAAAACGGGCAUAUGAAAUUCGUGUCCAGGCUCGGGAUAAGGGCACUCCUCCUCGUAGUGCACACAGCAAAGUUUUAGUUGAAGUUAUUGAUGUUAACGACAAUGCACCGCAAAUAUCGGUGUCAUCACUUAUGAGUCCUGUGAGAGAAGACUCUAACAUUGGCACGGUUGUCGCGAUGGUGACCAUCACUGAUAAGGAUGAAGGUAAUAAUGGACUAACAAACUGUAAGAUCGCCAAUUCGGUCCCAUUUAAACUGAAAUCUAACUAUAAAAACUACUAUUCGUUACUGGUUGACGGGUCUCUUGACAGGGAGAGUGUCCCUCGAUAUAAUAUAACAAUUGUGGCUACAGAUGAGGGGGCAUCUCCUCUGUCUGGCACAAGUAUAAUCAGUAUUGAAGUUUCUGAUAUAAAUGACAAUCCUCCUUUAUUUCCUCAAUCUCAAAUUAAUAUAUAUGUUACAGAGAAUAGUCCAAUUGGCAACACAUUUUAUAAACUCUCUGUUUCAGAUUCGGACUUGAACGAAAAUGCUAAAUCAACAUUUCACUUAGUUAAUGUUGCUUCCAAGAUGGCAAUAUCUACCAUGGUGAAUAUUAACUCUGAAACAGGAGAAAUUAUUGGUCUGCAGUCUUUUAACUUUGAGGAGAUCAAAACGUUUCAGUUUAAAGUUCAGGCCACAGACUCCGGUGUUCCUCCACUCAGCAGCAACGUCACCGUCAAUGUUUUUAUCCUCGAUGAAAAUGACAACAGUCCUGCUAUCCUUGCUCCUUAUUCUGAGCACGGAUCCGUCAACAGUGAGAACAUCCCAUAUUCUGCUGAAGCAGGAUACUUUGUGGCAAAGAUCAGGGCUGUUGAUGCAGACUCUGGAUACAACGCACUGCUUUCUUAUCACCUGUCUGAACCCAAAGGAAACAACCUGUUCAGGAUCGGAACCAGCACGGGAGAAAUCAGGACGAAGAGGAGGAUGAGUGACAAUGACCUGAAAACUCACCCCUUGGUGGUGCUGGUUUCUGACAAUGGAGAGCCCUCCCUGUCAGCUACUGUCUCUAUUGAUGUGGUGGUUGUUGAGAGCACUUCGGACAUCCAGACUCAAUUUAGACAUGUGCCUUUAAAGGAGGACAGCUUCUCGGAUUUGAACCUGUACCUGCUGAUCGCCAUCGUGUCAGUGUCAGUCAUCUUUCUGUUGAGUCUCAUCAGUUUAAUAGCUGUGAGAUGUCACAGGACAGAGGGCUCUUUCAGCAGGUACAGCGCCCCCAUGAUCACCACCCACCCUGACGGGAGCUGGUCUUAUUCCAAAUCUACUCAGCAGUAUGACGUGUGUUUCAGUUCAGACACACUGAAGAGCGAUGUGGUGGUUUUCCCUGGACCGUUUCCACCUGUAGAUGCUGAACUGAUCAGUAUAAAUGGCUCAGACACUUUCACCAGGACUCAGACUUUACCCAACAAGGAAAAGGUAUGUCAACCUUGUUUUCCACUGAGAAUCUUUGAGAAAGUUUACUGA